UAGAAUUACAAAAUCGUUAAAAUGUAUAAAGAUCUAGCCGAUAUAAUUAAACAUACUCGUUGUUUUUAAUAUUUGUAAUUUCAGAAGAAUUUUUUAAUUUAUUUAAAGUAUUUCGUAGAAGUGAAUUUAUGUAGGGAGUACAUACGUUUAAUAUUUUAAUGAUUGUAGAAAAGAAAGAACGUGUGAGAAAGUUAUGUUAAAAAUACAUAAUAUUUGAUUAUUUGUACGUGUUACAAAUUGUAUUAAGUAAAUCAUAAUAGUCGGUCAAUACACCAUGGAGAAAAACAAAUUGAAUCGUAAGAAAUUGGUAUCGACUAAAAUGUUAAGCAAGAAAAGUUUUCCUUCAAAAACAUCGUAUAAACAAAAGUACACUAAACCUUUGAGAAGGAAACGCAAAAAUGAAUAUGAUGCAAAAGAAGAGGCCAGGUUAGAAAGAAUCGUGUUUGCUAAUCCAACUGAUAUCAUAAAUGAUUUAUCAAACGAUGAGGAUGUUGUUGAAUCGAAUAUUAAUGAAAAUAAUAUUUCCAUAAAUGAUAAUGAUAAUGUAAGUAAUGAUUUGAUUGUGCAAACUGAUAUUCCUGAAGAACAUACCAAGGUGGCAUGGAUCGAUGAAGAUGAUGUCCAAUAUACUCAACCAGAACAUAAACUAGCCGGCAAUGUGCCACAAAGGUCACAUACAGAUUACUUGUGUAACAAAUAUAAACAGAUUGUGGGCAACCCAAAAUGGGCUAAGUUUGAAAAGAUCAAUAAAGAAUCUGAUGAUUUAGAUAGUGAAAUAUUAAAGCAUAGUUGCCAUUUGGAAAAACCUAAAGUAAAAAAUUUGCCAAAGAGUAUAAUUGACAUAAAAGCAUUGACACCAAUUAAUAAACAAACACAUACUGAAGGGCCCAUUGUGUCAAGUGUUGAAUUUCAUCCAUCUUCUACAGUAGCCUUGGUUGCUGGUACAUCUGGAAUUUUAUCUCUUUUUCAAGUAGAUGGAAUUGAAAAUAAUAAAUUGCACACAAUGCAGUAUAAGAAAUUUCCUAUUAGCACAGCAAAAUUUCUGAAAGAUGGUACAGAAGUAUUGAUUGGUUCUCAAUAUUACGCACAUUGUCACUGUUAUAACUUACUAAGUGGAAAAACAUAUAGAAUGUUGUUACCGCAUGGACUUACUAAUAUGCAGAAAUAUGAAGUAUCUCCAGAUGGAAGAUUAUUAGCAGUUUGUGGGCGAGCAGGAGAAAUUUUCUUAUUAACAAGUUCAUCAAAGGAACUUAUCAGUAUGAUGAAAAUGAAUGCAAGAUGUAGAGCAUUAGCCUUUACGCCAGAUAGUAAUACACUGAUUACACAUGGUGACAGCAACGAAAUGUACAUUUGGGAUCUAAAUAGCCGUGUAUGCAUUCAUCGAGCUAUAGAUGAUGGAUGUUUAUCCUGUGCUUCUAUUGCAAUGUCUCCAAAUAGUCAAUAUUUAGCAACAGGUAGUAAAGAAGGUGUAGUUAAUUUGUAUGAUACCAAGACAGUGUUACAAAAUCGAAAUCCUGUUCCACUAAAAGUUGUUCUCAAUUUUGUCACGUCGAUUACCAGUUUAAAAUUUAAUGCUUAUUCUGAAAUUUUGGCAAUGGCUUCAGAUAAAAAACAUAAUGCGUUUAGAAUGAUGCAUUUACCAUCGUUUACCGUUUUUUCAAAUUUUCCUACAUUUCAAACAAAUCUGUCAAUACCCGAAGCUAUCGAUUUUUCACCAGGUAGUGGCUAUGUAGCAAUUUCCAACAGAUCAUUUAGUGCUUUUUUAUAUAGAUUGAAACAUUAUGGAAAUUAUUAGAUAAUUGUCAUUUUGCAAAUCACGUCAUAUUAUUAAAAAGUUUUUUAUAAGUAAGUUCGAACUAAGUUUAUAAUAUCUAUAAUUGAAUAAAAUAUAAUGUAUCAAAGCAUGUAAGAAUAAGAUAGACAUUUAAUAAUUGAUGAAAA